CGUUGCGUUGCGCGUGAGUUGGUGUGUUCGUCGUCGUCGUACACACAACGGGCGAAGAGAAAGAGACGUUGGCCGAGAGCGCGCGGAACGAAAACAGCGGCCCCUGCAGCGGAGACCAAACACACACGGGGAGCGAAGCGACGAGAGUCAACGAGACGCGAGAUACGCUAGAGGAGACAACAGCAGCAGCGACGAGCGGCUAGGCGACUGGACGCGACCACUCUACACGCACUCGGACGCACGAAAAGCAUAUGGCGACGGCGACGACGACGUCUGCUCCAAUUUUCGCACGAGCGUAGAACAACGCUCCGCAAACGCGCCGCGGGACGCCGUGGCCCGCGCUGGACAAUAGACAAUUCCAUUCGCAUCGUCGUGAGUAGUGUACUCACUCGCGGCACUCACUUUGUCUGCCAGGAGUCAUCUCACCUAGCACACCACCACACACGGUGGUCUGUUUUCAUUCAAAUAUUAGUCUGUGAUAUAUAGUAAACACAUAACAAAGUGACUACAACUAUGAAUGCCACUUUGUGACACUAACUGGAGGAGCUAGCAACUAGUUUAAGUAUUAAUUGUACAUACAUUUGUGAAUUUUGGUUGUGAAGUGUGCAAGAAGACUGAGCCUAGAAGAGAUUUACCAGGCAGAGAGACGCGCCACCUUCUGGAAUCCACCUUCUUCAUGGAUAAGGAAAAUCCGAAGAAAGAUGGUGAUGAGGACGGCGAGACCAAGAAGGACUUUAAGGAUCCGGCGAUAAUCUCGGCGAUUUCCGGUGGAAUCACCACGGAAUUACCGCCGGCAUCGCUCGUAGACCAUCGCUACACCAAGGAGGAGCUGCUGAAGCUGCGCAAGGCGCCGUUCUCGCAAAAGAAGCCCAAGUGUCUGGAUGCGGCGUACUACAACUCGGCGGGCGUGUGGGAUCCCGAACCAUGGCAUUACAGUAACAAGCAGGCUGAGAAUCAGUCGGAGAAUGGACCUGGUGGUGCAGCGGGCGGUGGCGAUGAUGCUGCGCCCGUUGGAAAGCAGCGCAGUCGACCGGCUGAUCCCCGGGAGAGGAUUCGUAAGGAGCAGGAUGGGAUUGUGUUGAGUCCGCAGCGACGCAGCUUCAAUUCGGGAUGUUUUGUUCCCAACAGUCGGGAGAGCGCGAGCGCUACCGCUGUACCGGGCGCCGCUUUACCAAUUCGAGUUAAUCGAGCGCAUAGUCCCCUUGGAGCAGCGUCCGGUGGCAAGGGAGAUCGCGAACGCGACCGAGAUCGUGACCGUGAUCGCGAUCGUGAUCAACCGAUGCAAAGACGCAUUGGCAGUGGUCGAAUCCUGCCGUGGGAUUACCAGGAGAAGACCGAGGAGAACGACUUUGGUUAUCGGCGUGAAAUUAGCGACAGGGAUCGAGACCGUGAUCGUCCGGAGCGAGGCGGUGGCGGCGGUGGUGAUCGCCGUGAUCGUCCCGAGCGAGAUCGAAGAAUUGACGAUCGUGAGCGCGAGGAUCGCUUCGAUCGGCGUUCGUUUGGACGUGAUUUUGACCCGGCGAAGGAGAAGCACGGCAGACAAGCGCAGAGUCGCGGGUAUAAUCGUCGCGUGAGUAACGAACGCGAAGAGGAGCCCGAGUGGUUCUCGUCGGGGCCGAUUAGCCAGAAUGAUACUAUAGAGUUGCGGGGUUUUGACGACCCGCCGGAGAAGGUUAGUAAUAAGAAGAACAAUAAACAGAACAAACGCAGUGUUAAUGGGGAUGCUGCCGCUGGCGGGAAGAAAGCGGAUCCUCCACCGAAGAAGAAUCUUGGUAAGGAGAAUCUUAUCGGUAAAGAUGGCAGCACCUCGCCGACUAAGUUUAACCAUGAGAAAGGCAAGCAGCAGCAGCAGCAUGAUAAGAAGAGUGAUGAAGAGAAGAAGAAGACGUCGACGAAGCUAGGCGGGCCCGAUGAGGAGUGUUUCAACUUUGAUGCGAUGUUUAAGGCUGAUUCGUUGCCAAUUCCUGGUUUACUCAGCAAUGGUGUCGAGGCUGGUGAUGCGGCUGGAAGUCGUUUCUCGCGCUGGUUCCAACGUGAAAAGUCCCCGCCGACCAAGGAAAGUGACGGUAGUCGCAGGUCUUCACCACCCAGUCAGGAACAUCAUCAUAAUCUCAUCCGUAAUCUGUUGGGCGACACGUUUAACGAGCCGCAGCGAGUGGCGAUCCCGCAGCCGGGCGACUCCGAGUCGUAUUUUGCUCCGAUCAGUCCGGCGGCCAAUACGCAUCCCCCGCAGGCAGGCCGCGGGGGCCAGAAGCACGCGCAGGAGUCCUCGUCCUCAUCGCUCAAUAUGAUUGAGAUGCAGCAGCGCGCCGCAGCGGGUCAUGCGAGUAAGAAGGCUGAUGCGCCGCCUGGCGCUGGGAAAAUCCUCAGUCUGGAGGAGUUGGAGGCGCCGUUGAGGCAUGGUGCGCCUGAAAAAGGUGCGCAGAGUAAGCCUGGUGAAGAGGAUGUGCAACAAUUCAAGCGAUUGUUUUCGCAAAUGUCUAAACCGAUGAGUAUCAUGGAGAUGUUGUCGCACUCGCAGCAAAAGGAUGCAGAGGCGACGCGUAUGCAGCAGACACGCAUGCCUAACCAGCCACAGCAACAACAACAACAAGCACCACCGCCACAACAACAGCAUAUGACUGAAAUGGCGUACAAAUUGCAGCAGCUGCAGACUCAAGUGCAACGCCAGCAGCAGAUUGACAUGCUCAGUAAGCUGAUGAACGCCGCUAACUUUGGCGGUGGUCAUCAGCGUGGCUCACCGCUGCACGAGAUGAAUGUGGCGCAGAGUCGUGAGCUGCUCAACCGUCCCGAAGCGCAGGCUAUAAUGCAGGGGUUGAAGCGGGGCGACAUCACACCGCAGCACCUUUACCAGCAGCUCGCCAAUCCGGCGAUGCAACCGCGGCAUCGCGAGAUGCUGCUGACGAUACUCAAGAUGCAGCAGCAGCAGCAGCAGCAGCAAACGCCGCAGCAGGCACCGCCGCCGCAGCCGCAAGUGCAGCCGGCGGUUGUGAGCGUCGCGCCGCCACCGGUGCCGCCGCAGGCCGUCUCGCCUAACUUUUACACGCAGCAACAACUGCGCGUUUCACCCCUGACACCCAACGCUUACUGCGUGUCGCCCAUAAUGGCAACCAGUCCCAACACCCUUUCGGUGCCAGCUCUACACCAACGAAUUCCGUCGCCGCGCGAGCUGCAAGUGCACACGCAGCAUAUUAUGCAACGCGCGUUGAUUAAAAAGAAGCUGGAGGAGCAGGAGGAGAAUUAUCGCAAGAAGCAACAGCAGCAGCAACGCGGCGCUGCUGGUUCGCCGGCGAAGAGCACUGCAUCGCCUACACCGACACAUUUAUUCAUGCCUACUUCGGUUAUGAGGAAAUUGACAGCUGAAAAGGACGACUCAUCCAAAGAUGGAAAAGACAAAGUGCCACAAGGACGCCCACUCACCGGUCUGCGGAGCGGGCCACAAAACGCGCAGGGAGGCAGUGGCGUACAGAUGCAACAACCAACGCCACAGCAACAGCAGCAGCAGCAGCAACUCAAUUGGAAUAACAAUUAUUCCAACCAAAUGAAACAACCAGUUUCAGGGCGUGCGAUUGUCAAGGCAAACAAUUACCAGCAGGGCCAGAAUCAAGCCGAGUACUUCCAGCAGGCGCAGCAGCAUCGAAUGCUUCACCAACAGCACUUGCCACAGCAGUCACAAGCAAAGAACUUCUUCGCUCAGCCACCGCAGCAGAGUAAUGUUAAUUCCGGCGGUAGUCAGCAGAAUCCACCGCAGCAGGGUGGGCAACAGUUUCAGCAGUUGAGUUCGCAGCAGUUGCGCCAGCAGCAUCAGAAUGUACGCGCGCAGCAUCAGCAGCAGCAGCCGCCUGCCUUCCAGCAUCCGCAGAGUGGCAACUGGCAGGCUGCUAACUUUGAUAAUAAUCAUCAUCGCGGUGAUCUUUCGCCGACGAGCGACCAGCUUGCGCGAUGGUUUUCGCCCGAUUUGUUGGAGCGCGCGCGUAAGGGCAACGUGCCCAGCAUUCCUACCAGCGCAGUCGCUCAGCACGCGCUCAGUUUGGAGGAGAUUGAACGCCAGACCACCCCCGUUGGCCAGCACUAGGGAUACAACGAAUACCAGCAAUCUCUAUAUUCAAAUGAAGACAUUGAUUAGAAGCAGAGAGGAGAGAAAAGCGUUGAGAAGCGCGACAUGUUUUUACCGCGAUGCGCGCGCAGAUUGCUUGAUUUUGAAAUUUUCUUGAGUUUUAUAGUGAUAGUCAUUAGCAAUAUUUUGAUUUUCUUAAACAACCCCGCAGAAUUAUACAUUUUACUUUAUUACACACGCUGUGCAAACGUGUGCGUCAUUUUUAAUGUUGUACUUUUUGAUUUUUUUGAUGUUUUAUUGUGGAGAAUCUGCGCGAUUGCAGCGCGGAAUGUGUCACGAAUUUUAAACACACGCCCAACGUUUUCUUCUCUCUCUGUUGUUCUUUGAACGCAAGCAAAUGACGGAACGAGCCACCGAAAAAUUAAUAAUAAACAUAUUUGUAAAUAUACAUUGAUUUCUUUGUAAAACAAGUCGUUAUUUUUAAGUUCAUUACUUGAGACAUUCCGUCGAUCAGUGACUUGAUAUUUAUUGUCGAUCAUCAUCAUCAUUCGAUCAUACUUGAAAAGAAUUGUUUCGCGAUCAUCUCUUAUUGUCACCAUGUACAAUUAAAAUAUGCCCACUGAGAUGUAUAUUAGAAAAGAA